UCGCGCGCGCGCAGACGCGCAACCACAGUGCUUUAUAUUGCCGUGCCAGUCUUUAAAAAAGCGCCUGAAAGCAGCACUGGCUGGCUGAGAGAUAGAGAUGGGAGAGAGAGAGAGGAGGAGAGAGAGGGGGAGCUUAUAUAACGGCCGCUCUGGGAAAUACUGGCGAGCCGGAAGGUGAAGGGGGACCUUCGCUCCACAAUACGUGGGGAAAGCAGCGGUCGCAACGACGGAAGGACACAAGGAUGCCGCUCGCACCUCUCCACCGCUGAAGUGCCUCAGCGUUUCCCUCCAAGGAUCAUCCAGCAGUCAGUGACCACAGCUUCGGAUAUUAAAUUCCUCUGAGUGGUAACACAUUCAUUGUUCUGCUCCUGCUGCUGGACUGAGCUGCGAUGCAGGAACAAGAAACAAUAUCUACCCCAGUGCCAGAUGUGGUGUUUCCAAGAUUAUGAAGUUGUUACAGAUCAAUCUGCUUGAGGUGAGAGGCAGUAAACACUGAGGGAUGGUGGCGCCCCUCCACAAGCUGCACUGCCUCCUGAAGCGGGCCCAGAUGCUGCUCCUCUGUCUAGGCAUCGCCUAUUUGAUGGCGGGCAGCAUCCUGCUCCUGCAGCGCUCCAGCAUCAGGGUCCCCCAGUCGACUACGGCCGGCCUGCCACCCACGCUGUCGCUGGCUGCGCCCCCCACCGCCCUCAGGACGGCCGGCCUGGGCAUGAGGGCGCGCUCCAGAUGGGCCACCGUUCAGUCUGCGCCCGGUGGGGGAACCAAGGCGGGGCGGCACUGGCCCGCUUCUCGGAGCCUCGGGGUCCAAAACUUGCAUCGCCGCUGGUUUCACAGCCUGGUGCCAGAAAGUCAAGAACAGAGAAGCUCCGUCCACACAAGCAGCACGCACAAAGGAACGUAUGUUGGCUGUUUUCUGCACAACGCCAGCGAUCAAGCCUUGGGAGGAACUGUUCUCUACGACCUACGCAAAAUGACCAGCGCUCUGUGUCAGGACACCUGCUCAGAAAGUGGGUACCAGUUUGCAGGUCUGGAGUACGGAGCUGAAUGCCACUGCGGGAACAGGAUUAGUAGUCCACAGGCUCCCGAGGAGGAUUGUAGCCUGGUGUGCCGGGGCGAGAGGGGGUCCCCUUGCGGCGGUGUGGGACGACUCUCCAUUUACAAGGUGGAGGAGCAGCUGCCGGGUCACAGAAAAUUCAGAAACAUUCACCACCGUGGAUGCUUCAAGGUCCCAAAGAGCGUCACCGGCAGCUUCCCCGUCUACGCCUUCCAGCCCAACCUGACGACACAGUCCUGCAUUGAGACCUGCACAGACAAGGAGCUCCCGCUGGCCGUGUUUAAGAGGCCCCGCUGCUUCUGCACGUGGACGUCAUCGCUCUUCAGCCUCAGCCAGCAGUCCGACGAGCAGCACUGUGUGGGAGCUGCUGACGCCAACAGCACCGGCAACGGCACCGGCACCGGCACCACCGCGCCCACGGACCUUUACCACGACCACUUCCAGGUGUAUCACACGCCGGUGCUUGACUCCAGGUGCAAGGAGAGGAUGUUUCUACCUCAUCGCUCCAGCUCCCUGGUGGCUCUUUCCAGUUUUCCCGGCGCAGGCAACACCUGGGUUCGGCACCUGAUUGAGCUCGUGACCGGCUACUACACUGGCAGCUUCUAUUUCGACGGCACGCUGUACAACCGAGGUUUUAAAGGAGAGAAAGACUACUGGAAGAGCGGCCGCAGCAUCUGCAUCAAGACUCACGAGAGCGGUCCGAAGGAGAUUGAGAUGUUUGAUUCUGCCAUCCUCCUGAUUCGGAACCCCUACCGCUCCCUCAUGGCUGAAUUCAACCGCAAGUGUGCAGGACAUUUAGGACACGCCACAGAUGGACAGUGGAAGAGUAAAGAAUGGCCCGAAUUUGUCUCUAGCUACGCCCCCUGGUGGGCAUCCCAUGCACUGAGCUGGCUGAAGUUUGGGCGCCGCCUGCUGGUGGUCCAUUACGAGGAGCUGCAGAGAGCGCUGGUGCCACAGCUACAUCUCAUCACGUCUUUCCUCAACGUCACUGUGACUGACGAGCGGCUGCUUUGCGCCCAGAGCAACCAGGAUGGGCAUUUCAAGCGCUCAGGGGCGCAGCAGCCUGCCUUCGACCCAUUCACUCCCAACAUGACCCAGAUGAUUGACGGGUUCAUUCACACCGUUGACCAGGCGCUGAGAGGCAGGAACUUUAGCAGGCUUCCAGAGGAAUACCUCCCCAGAUGAUGAUAAAAAGGACACACGUGUAGUUCUGGAAAUUAGUGUUCUAGCAGUGGUUUUGAGGAGAAAAUGUCUUUGCUGCUCUUUGAAAAGGUUUAAGAUGACCAGGCCACAAUUUGACAAAGCCAGACUCGCUGCACAGGACUGUGGAGUCACAGCAGAGCAGUGAAGGUCACUGGUCAUUAUAAAAUGGGAUGGCGAAUAGCGAUGAAAGCCUCAGGGGCUGGAGCCUGCCUCUCAGAGAAGCAAAUAUGACAAAUACUCGAAAAGAUUUGACAUGAUUUGUCGGCCUGUAGAGUUGGGAUUGUCCUGCAAAGAGCCAGGAUGGUUUCGUUUUGGCUAAGCAUGGGUUUUAUGGGAAUCUUUCAUUUGACUUGUACAUACAUACGCACUCAGAUGGAGAUGAUUAUUUGCUAACACGUCUGAUACAUUCACUGGUUGCUACAGAUCUGCAGUCUGAGACUUUUUUACUGAACUAAUGUGGCUGUAAAUGCAUUGAAAAGACUCUACGUUGAUCUGAGUGAUUGAAACUGUAAAUAAAGCUGUUUCUACAAGCACUUUAUUUCAUUAAAAGCAUUGAAUUUG